GACGUGGAGCGCAAGAUGGAGGAGGCGCUGUCCAACAAGAACUGGGGCGCGUCCAGCACGCUGCUCAACGAGAUCUCGCAGCUCACCUACGACUACGAGGCCUACGGAGUCAUCAUGCGCAAGAUCUGGGAGGCGCUGGACGCCGAGGGCCGCCAGUGGCGCGCCGUGUACAAGGCGCUCAGUCUGCUGGAGCACCUGGUCAAGAACGGAACAGAGCGCGUGAUCGAGAACGCGCGCGACCACAUGUUCAAGCUGCGCCACCUCUCGGGCUUCUCCUACCACGACGGAUCCGUCGACAGGGGCAACGGAGUCCGCGACAAGGCCAAGCAGUUGGUGGACAUGCUGAACGACAAUGACAUGAUCCGCACGGAGCGCGAGAAGGCUGGACGUCUGCGCAACAAGUACGUGGGCAUUGGCAGCGGCGUUGGC